AUGUCUGAUGUGGAUCGAGCACUACAAUCUAUUUAUCAUAAUCCUACUUACCCUGCCAAUAGUGGUGAAGUGCAACAUUUACUGAGAUCUUUAAAAGCAUUAGGUAAAUCCAUCACUCUAAAACAAAUUAAAGACUGGGUGGAGCUCAUGAGGCAUGCUUGGACUGUAAUUUCUCAGGAUAUGGCUGGAACUGGUGUUGUAAUCUUUAAACGAUUGUUCACUCAGUACCCUCAACUUUCGAAAUACUUCAAGAAGUUCAUGACGUUGCAGGAGGACGGUAGAUAUGACUGGGACUUAGGAGGACUCGAACGGCAUGCACUACUUGUAAUGCAAGCACUUGAAGCAGCGGUGGAUAACCUGGACGAUACUCAGACAUUAUCGGCUAUCCUGUUCGAACUCGGUCAUACGCAUGCCCAUCAUCACGUACAAGAAGAAAUGUUUGAUGUAAGCAUUGGUUAUAGUUAA